AUGAGUCGUCGACUGUUCUUACGUAUAGUAGACGACUUGGCGCAGUCUGAUCCGUUUUUCACACUUCGAUAUGGCGCUAGGGGCCAAAGGGGAUUCACCACUUUACAAAAAUGCACAACGGCCAUUCGCCAACUGGAAUACGGGACAGCACCCGAUUCGUUGAACGCGUAUUUAAUGUUCGAAAGAACUGCACGAGAAUGUUUGUACAAGUUUUGCGAAUGGCUGGUGAAGCUAUAUAGCAAGAAAUAUCUUCGGAAACCAAACGCCAACGACGUCCAAAAAUUAUAUCAAGCGCACGAAGAAAGGCAUGGUUUUCUAGGAAUGCUCGGAAUGAUUGAUUGCAUGCACUGGCCGUGGCAGAACUGGCCUACUACGUGGCGAGGUGUUCCUAGUUCGUUUAGCGACCUUAACGUCAUCUACCAAUCAAAGAACUUUAACGAUGUCAUAACAGGAACUCGUCCAAACACCAGUUUUACGGUUUUAGGGGUGGAAUACAGGGGCGAUUACUAUCUUGCGGAUGGAAUAUACCCAAUGUACUCUACAAUCGUUAAAACUGUUCCGGCACUCGACAAAUGA